GCUGCUUGCCGGUGCCGGGGACUGGUGGUGAGGAGACGCUACAGCGCUGUCAGGACCGGACCGUGAACCCGGAGACGGUACACACUGACGCGAACGGAGACACAGAAUGGAGCGGAUGUCUGAGGAGGCGCUGAGGCUCAACCUGCUGAAGCGAGGCCUGGAGUCCCCCAGCGAGCGAGAGGAGGCGCUGGCUAAGCGCCUCAAAAUGGAGGGUCACGAGGCCAUGGAGCGCCUCAAGAUGCUGGCACUGCUAAAACGCAAGGACCUAGCUGACCUAGCAGCCCUGGAGGUCUCAGGGCCCCUUGGAGAUGGGAAGGUCCCUGGAGCCAGCUCCCUUCACCACCAGAGCCUAAUGGGUGCUGCUUAUGAAGAGAGACUCAAUGGGAGUCUAAGGCUGGGAGGCCAUGGAGGCCAUGGAGGCCAUGGUGGCCUUGGCAUCCAUGUUGGACCCAGUAAGAAUGGGAAGGAGAACAUCCUUGAUGAGCCAGUGGAUAUGAGUGCUGGGAGAAGAUGUGAUGUGGAGCAUGACAGACGAACUCCGUCUCCAGAUGUUAUUAUCCUAUCCGACAAUGAAGCGUCCAGUCCCAGAACAACACCUCGUCCUGAGGAGCGCCUACACCAGGCCAACCUGGACAUGUUUAAGGGAAAGACCGGAGAGGAGAGGCAGCAGAUGAUCAAAGCUCUGAAAGAGGAGCUGCGUCUGGAGGAGGCCCGACUUGUGCUGCUGAAGAAGCUCAGACAGAGUCAGAUGCAGAAGGAGAACGUGGUGCAGAAGGUCCCUGUGGUCCAGAAUGCUGCGUCCUCUGUUCAGCCUCCUGCCAUCCACAGCUCUCCUGGCAUGGGGAAGCUGCCCAUGAGGCCGGGCCUGCACAACCCUGAGCCCCAGAACCUCCGUACUGCACAGGGUCAUACUGUCAUCAGGUCAGCAGCCAAUGCCAACCUGCCACCAAUGCUAAUGUCCCAGCGGGUGAUAGCCCCCAACCCGUCCCAACUGCAAGGCCAGAGGAUUCCCUCCAAGCCUGGGAUGUCACGUUCCAGCUCUGGCAGCAUGGCCAAUGCUGUCAGCUACCAGCAGGCAAGCCAGCAAGUGGCAGCUUCUCAGCGCUCAGGCUCCAGUGCCAUGUACAUGAACCUGGCCCACAUGCAAGCAGCAGCAGCGGCCGGCGGGGUGGCGGGUGGGCUGGGCGGAGCUUCGGCUGUUAGCCCAUCAACCAUGUCCGGUUCAGCCAGCGGAGGGGUGAGCUCCAUGGCCGACCAGGCCAGCAGCCAGGCAGCAGCCAAACUGGCCCUCAGGAAGCAGCUGGAGAAAACCCUGUUGGAGAUCCCUCCACCCAAACCCCCGGCCCCACUUCUCCACUUCCUACCCUCUGCCGCCAACAGCGAGUUCAUCUACAUGGUGGGCCUGGAGGAGGUGGUGCAGAGUGUGCUUGACAGUCAGGGUAAACUCAGAGGGACACUGGCCCGCAUGGAGCCCUUCUUCUGUGCUCAGUGCAGAACUGACUUCACCCCUCACUGGAAGCAAGAGAAGAGUGGGCGAAUCCUCUGUGAGCAGUGCAUGACGUCAAAUCAGAAGAAGGCUCUGAAGGCGGAGCACACCAACAGGCUGAAGAACGCAUUCGUGAAGGCCCUGCAGCAGGAGCAGGAGAUUGAACAGAGGCUGCAACAGCAGGCAGCCCUCUCUCCCAGCUCAGUUCCUACGGGCCCCAACGCCUCUAAGACUGAUACCAUAAUGCGACAUCAUGCCCUUCGCCAGGUACACAUGUUUCCUGCCCAAGCUCCCCAGCCUCAGGCCUCCAUGCAGAGAGGUCUGUCCAACUCGGCGCGAGGUGUUCUAUCAAACUUCGCUCAGGCCUCCCAGCUGUCAGUGGCCAGCAGCCUCAUGGGAAUGACUAAUGCUAAGCACUGUGGAAGCGGUGGAAGCAGCAGCAGUAGCGGCAAUAGACUGCAGCAUGACAGCCGUCGCCAGAUCUACAACAUCCCAGGGUUAAAUAUUGCCUACCUGAACCCAGCGUCAGUUGGAGCGCAUAAGAGCUCCAGCUUAGCAGACCGGCAGAGAGAGUACCUGUUGGACAUGAUCCCACCUCGAUCCAUAUCGCAGUCCAUCACCGGACAGAAAUGAGCCCAGACCAGCCCUCCUGCCCCUCUGAUGUCACACCCAUCCUGCCCCUCUACCCCCAUACUGAAGCACUCCCAGAUCAACCAACAUCCCCCAACCCCACCGCAUGCAGUGCCUGUCCGUGUGCCUACCUUAAACCAACCCAUGAAAACCCACCAAGUCGGACAAAGACACUAAACUGUCAGUGCAUCUCCAAUGUUCUUAUGAUAGUAAAAAUCAUCUUCGUCAGCAUUGUUUAACAAUUAUAAUUCCCAUUAUUAUCGCUGUUGGUAGCACUAUUAUUGUUAUUAUUAUUAUUAUUAUACCUGCAACUACCCUUUUUGCUUCAGUUAAUAUUACUCAUUAUGCUUUUUCUUUUCCAAGUGUUUGGUCCCUUUUUUGUUACUCUGCUGUCUCUUCUUCACUUUGGGGAGUGACGGUGAAUCAUUGUAGGGUCGCUUUAGGCCACAGUCACUUAGGAUUACUUUUCUCCUUUUAAUUAUAAUGCUUAGAUGUGACUUUUGCUAGUAACAGAAGAUCAACAGGGUGCAUUCUGGUUGCUAUGCAACAUAAAGUUUAACAACUUAAGCUUGCUAAGUUGAAAAUACUGAUAUGAACAAAAACAGACAAAAUUAAGUUAGUGACUGCUCUUGAAAUAAAAAAUGCGAGGGGGGCUGAAAGGUCAAAGCAGAGCAUCUACACUUGUAUCAAUACGUUGAAAGGGUUAGAUUCAAAGGCUGUAUUGCACUGACACAGAGUUCAAGUCCAACCUGGCGUCCAGGGCAGCAUCAGAGGUGCACUUAUGUUCAAAAGAGAAUCUUGAGUGAAAAGCAUUUGGAGAAGAUUUUCCUUUGGUAUUCGGCUCCCACAUUCCUCAUCAAGAGAUCUUCAUCGGUUUCUUCACUUCAGAUGUCAACUUCUUGUUACAAAUUUGAACAGUUACCAGAUGGAUGUAACCAGGAUUUCCCGCAACUGGCAGACACCAUCAGCGGACCAGCAGUCCGUAUAGACUCUAAUGAGGAGGGAGCUGACGGGGGACGGGAGGAUGUUGUCUACAAGUUAAGCCAAUAUUCACUUCACAGGGGGCAAUGGUCUGUCAGAGAGAGCACAUUGAUUGUCCUUCCUGGUUCCAUCCCAUCUCACUACCUCCCACUGACCUCCGCCAUGCCCCCCCUCACAACCAUUGUUCAUCCAGUGCACAGACUGAAGCUUUUGUACCCAGCAACUCCUCUUUGCAUCACAUAGAAGGUGAAACAAACUCAAAUCUGAAGGUGGAAUUACAAUUUGUGUGUCCAAAUCUCAGAUUCUUUACCUAGAAACCUACAAUCUGGGUUCCUUUGCUUCUUCUAUUUGGGUUUUUAGAUUUUCUGAUUGUUGCACCCACCCCUAAACUUUCUGUGGUUUAUUUUUAUUAGUUUAUCUGGAUUUUUGUUUGUUUAUUUUUUUUUUCGGCGUCUCUCAAUGAAUUGGUGGCGAACCUGAAAGGUAUUAGCCCCUGGAGACGAUAAUAAUCAACAUAGCUAAAAACACAAACUAUGGAAAUAUCUGUAUGGAUUAUGUAUAGAUACCUAGCUUGAGAUAUAAAAAAAAAAGGUUGAGGAUUUUAUCUUUUAUGGGAGAGACAUGGAUCAAUCAUUGUGUGCAUGCUCUGCACACAAGUUCCCUCACUCCAGAGGAGCACUUUGCUUAUUUCCAAUUGGAAAAACUUUUUUUAAAGAAAAAAGGAACAGAAUGUCACAGUUGAGAGUGGCUAAGUUCUGGAAUCUGGCUGAUGUUUGACCAGAGUAAGGGGGCAUGUCACCAAGUAACGUUCUAAUGGCUGAUGAAAAGUUCAAUUCUAAUUUACAUUGCUAAAUGUUUCAGUUUCCAUUUUCAUGGUGUACUCGGUUAGAGACAGACUGUGUACGCUGUACAUACAAGCUGCUGCUGGCUGGAGUACACCAGAGUACAUGAGUACCUGAGUACAUAUAACAGCAUCAGUCCCACUGACUCACUGUCUGAUGAACCCAGCAGUAACUGAAACUUUAAAGCAAUCCCAUCUCUUAAUUCUUAAGUCUGAACUACAUGACUUUGGACUAAAUCCUCAACUGAUGGGGGAUCUGCUGGUUUCUGUCUGCUCACAGACAGAAACCAGUUCCUGAAUCAAGAUACAGGACUCAGACAGAUUUGCCGUGUGAACCCCAGUACUCAUGGGAGAGCGAUGAGACAUUCACAUAAAAGUUAGCAUGAGAAAAUGUCUCUCCUGUGGGGAGUUCAAAAUGUACACGUGUGAGGUUAGGCUCAAUAAAUCACACUCCCUACUUUUUCUUAUACUUAAUGUGACUACAGUGGAACCUGUUGUUUGCUCCAGGCUUUUUAGUGUCCCCAGCACUCUGAAUGUUACCACGUGAUACAGUUAAAUGAUGCUCUUAAUGCAAACCAAAUCUAAAAACCACAUUUGUACCCGAUUUCCAGCAGCUGUUGCAUGUUCAAAUAUCUUUUUUUAGAGUUCAUCCGUUUGCGCUUGUUUUCCAGCUGUUUGACCAGAUCAUGGAUCAACACAGAGUGCUUAGCUCACAAACAGAGCCAUAAUUACCCAAACAUAUUUAGCACAGACAUUCACUCAGUGACUUACCGACACACACUGCUGCAGGAACACAAACCAGUAUCAUCUUUACAUCUGGUGAUUAAGACUAGUGUGGAUAUUUCUUCUCAGAUGUUGGCCACUCAAGUGAUGCUUUUAGCUGUUCACUGCUACAGAGAGUCCUACUAUGAUAUUUGCCUUGCUUUGCACAUUUAAUUCACUGAACUGUUGAAUCUGUUCAGUUGUGUAAAUAUUUCAUUUGGAGGCAACAAUGUCCCAUGAGUUUCCUCAGUCAUGGACUGCGUCACUUAGUGAGCCUUGAGACCAAGACAGCUCAGACCUGUGGAGUUAACACAGAAAUUCCUCUUGAUCUUCUUUUGAGGGGUCUGCUGCACUAGCUUCACAAAAGCAUAUGUCACAAUCAAGUCUACAUUUGCAGUUCCUGGUAGUGGCUGUCAGUCUCCAUAUUGGCUGAAUUCUGAUGUAAAACAAACAACUCAUCAAUGGUUUCCUCAGACGUCUGUACUACGGAGCAGGAUAUGUGGUAAGCAGGAUUGCUUUAGGUUUAAGCCUUGUUUUUCAACAAAACAAAGCUGGAUCAUUAUUUCUGACAUAUCAGCAUUGUAACUUACACACCGUACUUUCUUACUGAAGAUAAGACGUCAACAUGUAUAAUGCAGUAUCUUCUGCCCUAUCAUUUCUCUUGAUGCAAUGUAACUUAGUUAGCAUAUAGUAAAUUGGUCCUUAAGUGAGGCAGCGUGUUCAGACACAAAUACCUCUGACUUUACCUGAAUAUAAAAUUUGAUGAGAAAUCCACCAGCACUUCCGCAGGAGUGUUCUCCUGUGUACAAGGGCCUUCUCCUGUCUUCUUCAUAAAUUGUUUUCCUCUUGCUGAAGCGAUGUCAAAGACAUUUCACUGUGCUUUUGUGCACUGACAUCAUCCUAUAUCAGAGACUGACUGAAGCACUAAAACUUGUACCAAUAAGAUAUGAAAGUAAGCCUACUUACCACUUAGAUUUAUUUUCUUGUAUUUAUUUGCAUCUGACAGCGCUGGGGUAGCAGUUAAGAGAAUAAGGCUAAAAAAAUACAAGCAUGAAAAUGAUAUUCACAUCUACUUUUGCUGUAAUGACCGAACAUUGAUGUUAUCAGCACAUUAAAUUACACAUUCACACAGUUGGUGAUAUUAGGGCUGCUGUCCUUCCUGCAUUUGGCAGCUGCAGCUGUUUGUUUUUUUUAUCCUGGAUCAUGUGUUAAACCAAUUCAUAUUGUUCCUUCCUCUGUUUGCCGCUCUGCUGCCAAUACACUUGUCAUUGGUCAUGUCCUGCAAACACUGCCCCUUAUAUGUUACGGUGCUCAGGAAACCCUGGGUUGACUUAUCGAGUUGAUAAUCACCGUCAUAUGACAUUUUUUAGCUUUGUGGAGCCAGAUAACAAUGAUAUCUUGGGUAUGUUGAGCCUGCUUUGUAGUACAAGGCCCUGAAGUGCUGAUCUCUUAAGUUUGAAGUAUCAAAUCAAUCAUUCCAAGCAGAGUUUCAGUCAGUGCGCAAUGUUACUCAUUGACAUAGGGACUCCUUACAGGAGAGCUGAGGGGCUAUGAAUUCAGUUUGGGGUUAGAAGCAGGAGAAUCUUCCACAAUCUUUUUAGUGACUUAUUUUACCAUGACAUCCAGUCAAUGUCAGACUUCAUUUAGGUUGGUGCACAUAUACUGUUGAAACCUACACAGAUCCAUCAUUGACCUGAGCCUUCCACUGUUACAGAGUGGUACAGGUGGGCUAAAACGGUUUUCUGGUAGGCAUGUUGAAUUCCAGCUCAGGUUUCUGUGCAGUCGACUUUAUUACUUGGACAAUAUCUGGUUGUUGGCUUUCUAAUCAUACGACUGGCUAAAUUACAGUCACUUCAUUUUGAAUUGCUACUCACCUUUUAUCAGACACCAGAAUUGGAUUCUGUUCACUUCGUCGGUUGUUGAGCAAAUACUGUACUUACCUAACGAAUGAUAUUCAGCUUCAACUGGCUCUUUCUCAAAACCAGUAAACAUUUUAGCUUGAAAAUGGAAAGAGAAAGUAAAGCACUUCAUAUGGAGGAGUGUCUGUGUAUAUGUGCAUGUCUUUCUAUGGUUGUGAGGAACAAAAGCAGCAAUGUGAGGGCAUUUUGACUUGUGUGGACCGAGCGUUUUGAGGGUUUAAAGGUUCUGAUUAGAAUCAUGUUUAGGUUAGGGUUAUGGUUGGAAUUAGGCUUUUAGUUGUUAAGGGUAAGGUAUAAUGGAAUGUUUUAAUUCAAUUAGUGCCCUCACAACCAUAAAAAGACAAAUGUGCGUGCAUGUGUAUGUGUGUGUCCUGGCAAGUCUUGUGUAUGUACAGUAGUAGAAGCUAGCAGCAGUAGUGUUCAUAUCAUUGUUGAAUUAGCCCAGCAGCUAGUUAGCUAAAGUAGCUAACACAGGCCACCUCUAUAUUCACUUCUGUUCCACUUAUUGCUCUGUGUCGUCUUUCAUUGACGGCUCCUAUCUUCAGCUAAAAUAUGAUACUGAAGUUAGUAUCAGGUCUUCAGAUAGUGAGCAAAAUCAUGACAUUAACCUUGUUGCAGGGAAGCCGUGAUUUUAACAGAAAAUUCGGAUGAUGUGUGCAGUUGUUUUCGAGCUGGUGAUGCAGCAGAGUGUUUGAUAGUUUGAGCCUUCAUGGGGAAAAAUACAUCAUAUGACCAAAGGUCAGGGAGGCACAGGUUCCGAGACCCAAGAUCGUAUCACAGUAUGUCCUUACCUUUAGUACAAGCCAGUCUCUUCAGGUGUAUCUGACAUGGUCCAGGAAAGUCAUUGAAGGAGGUUGUCGGUUGAACUGUAAGUUAGUUUGUGGUGAACUCUUCCAGCCAGACUGUUAGGUGUGUUCUGGUUGAUCGUAUUCUCCUGCCCAGUGAAUAGAAGACUUUGGCCACGACUAUGAAACUGCCUAGGGCUAGAUUCACAGAUGCAAACUGAAGUUCAUUUUUGUUCAUCAUAUAAAAAACAGGAGUCAGUUUUCCCUCUGGUGGAAGAGUCUAAAUUGGAUGUAGAGAUAUAUUUUCAUGAAUUUUUAACAUCUGGGACAAAUUUUUACUUUAUGUUUUUGACAUGCAUCUCCUUUAGCUGCCAAGCUGAAGCCGAAGAUAAAAAAAGCUCCUGUCUCUCUCUUGCUCUCUUGCAGAUGCAUCCUCACACCUUUUGUAUUUGAACUGCAGAUUCUUUUCAAACGUAAAUUUUUAGAUUUCAAAAGUCAUUCUUCUCUGACGUCUCAAAUAAGUUAUCUUUUCUUUAUAUUGCAGUUUUAAAAAAAAAGAAAAAAAAUUUAUUGACUAUGAAAUAAAUUACACGAUAUUUGCUAGGUUUGAAGUAAUAAUGACUUAUUGUACAUAAGCAUUUUUUUCCCUCCCUUGUACUGAAAAAAGAAAUUAAAUGGUUGUAUAUUGUGUAGAAAAGCAAACAAAAAGCCAUGAAUAUUGUGAAGCUUGUUAUUUCGUUUUGUGAUCACUGUGUAUUAUUGUGUAACUAAUGUGCAAAAUGUUUGGGAUACUUUUUUUUCCCCUCCCCUGCUUGUUGAAGCGAUCUCCCUGGAUGCAUUGCUUCGGUUUUGGACUAGUUAGAGUUUGCAGGAAAGUGCUCAUUGGUUCAGACAAAAAGGUUUUGCCAUCACACUACACACCUCAGCAUUACUUUGUUUAUCUAGAAUGGUUUCCUGAACCUGCUCUAGAUAAAAGCACUUUGAUGCUUCACUGUGUGUGUUGAAUUCAAUGGACCCCCAUUAUAUAAUGGUUGGAUCCAGGAUCGGGCUCUUGCGUCACUUUUCUGAUACCUGCCUCUCACUAAAAGAAGCAGACUGGGGUUUUUUGCUAUAUGACAUAACAGCUGACCACUUGCACAUGCCCAAACAUCCGGGCAGUCUUUGGCUUCCUUUGAACCACAAAGUCAUUUUUAACAGCUGAACUGGACACUGGAGGCUGAAUCAUCUGUGCACCUCACUGUAAUGAAAUAUGACAUUUAGAAAGUCACAGUUAGGUGUCUAGUGUCCUGCUGCUCUGAAGAAUCCAUAGAACACACUGGGCACAGUUGUCAUGAGGAUGAUGUCAUUGGCAGAUAGGAAUAUCAUUGGUUCACAGUGACUCAUGUCAAUAAUGACAUUUAUCCCUGUAAUCCUUCAGUGCUAUGAUCUCAUAACUUGGACAAAUUAAAGCAGAAAGCAUCAUCUGUAUGCUCAUACAUGUAAAUUGUUGUCCUCACUAAGAAGAAGGCAUUUCUUGAGGUAAUACAAAGAAGCGUAACUUUUAUACAGAGCUUUGCCACAAAAUGUUUCAGGUAUGUGUCCAUGCAAAGCUCUGACAUCAAACCUGGACUGACUUUAUAAGAUCAGCUACUGCUCAAGCUGAGAAUUACAGACCCUGAAUCAGUGAUCACUUUUCCUGCCAACACCAGUAUACAACAUGUAUGGUCCUCUACUGUUUGGCUUUAUAUUCGAUACGUUGUUAUAGCUAAUGCAGGAGAGCAUUUAAUUGCAAAAUCUGUUUUAUCAAUUUUUGGAUUUACCAGUAGAAGCGUUUCUUUUUGUCUAAUGACAGUGUUGAAAUAAACAUCUGGGAAGUAGAAACAGAAGAUGAAAUUACCAGAUAUUAAUUGAAGUCCUUUUGGUUUUGCUUACAUCAAUCCUGACCUAUUGCACAUACUUGAUAUUUAACGGUCUUCAAAAGAGUAAAAGAAAAUAAUGCUGUUUGAAUACUGCCAGUUGAUUGACAAUUAUGCAUUGGUUGAAAAAAUAAGCUAAUUUUGGAGGAAAUAACUUUGUAAUAUUUAUCUCUUGCAAGCUAUGUUUAAUAAAGGUUGAAACAUUU